ACGGCAGCUGUCAAGCUGCAUAUCUACCCACUUCGACGGCUCCAUGCGCGGAAGAGUAGGGACAAAAAGGAAACCACGGAUGAAUACAGAGUGGCAUUAUUGGUUAAAUCAUUGGAGUAUCGAUUAUGACUUUUUGCAAUGCAAUCUUCCACCCGCCCUUCACCUAAACCAAAGGGGCUUAAUUGGCCGGUGUCCUCAAAUAUCACCAUUUUUGUGCGAAACCUGAGGCUGCUACGCCUUGACCAACUCCCUGACUGGCCAAAUAUAACUGUCCGCUCCUUUGCAGGCGCUCAACCAAAUCUCCGCCAACGCAUUAAAGCGGUGGAAUGGUCUCUGUACCAACUGUUUACGAUAUGGGACCCAGAAGGGACCCAGAAUAGAUUGCGCCCCUUUUUCCCUCCACUGGAGCCCUUACAAUCUGUUAACCUUCGGGCUGCGCUUUUUCGUGCCCUAUCCGAUCUCAAAAAGAAUGGCGUUCUCGGAAGAGAAGCGAUCCUCCGCAAGACGAUGCUAGAUGAGUGCAAAGGGGAGAAGUUCGAGGAGGCACUGGCCACCUUUUCUUUGGCUGUGUUACGGGAGGUGAUAUUGGCGCGCAAGGGUGAACACAAAAAUCCAGUUCUUGAGAUGACAAUCAAUGGAUGCACUUCCUCCCCAGAACAAGAGAUGCUGGUUCCGCUGGUUAUAGCGCAUCGUGCCGCACUUACGACCAUGAUUAAUGAUAAAUGCCAUGUACGAGAAGCUUAUGACCAUCUGAAAAUUCUGCUUGAAAAUAAGACGAAAGAGCUUGCUGUCCGAUCAAAAGAAGCUGCGAACAAACCGACUGCAAAUGAAGCCGAACUUACCCAUGAGAUAAUGAACCUAUGGUACGGAAAUGAAAAAUGGGCCGACAUAAUUCUCAAUGGUGGAAUGCAAGUGUUCACUGAUCGCGUUCUUGAAUCAUCAUUUUCACGGGCGUUGUCACUGAUUAAGAAUGGACGGUUGGAUGACAUGGAAAACAGGUCUUCUUCUGAUCUAUUGGCUGAUUUGGAUAAUCGACUCGCAGAGCAGAAAGCCAGGGUUGAAAAGUGGCGGAAGUUUAAACAGACUCUCGUUGAAGAAAGACGUGCAUCACCACCAUCCAAACAUCGGAGCUCUUCCAAGAUUUUGGCAUUUCGGAACCACCAGCCGUUAACGAUCGCUUCACUUGCUCAGUCAGAUCGAAAAUCGACUCCACCGUCGCUAAAUGACACGAAGUACUCCUCAUUGGUUUCAGAUCUUGAUGCUGCACUUCUCAAGCACAAUGUCAAUAUCUCUCAGAAGAAAGAGCGGCCAGAUUCAGGGGAUCCAAGAAAUCGGAGACUAUCCAAUAUUCAUUCAAAUCGUAAUUAUUCACUGGACCAAGCAGCGUUAAGUCUUCUCGCCGACCAACCAACUCCCAAUUCCAACUAUAUGGAUAAUGCUUCCAUCAUUUCCUCUCUUCCAACCCAGGGGAGCAGCAGAGGCUCCCCUAGGCUAGAAAGCGGAGAGGUAAGCGGUUCAGGAACUCCGCAUUACGAAUACUUUUCUGGCGUUGCUACUCCAUCAAUCACCAUCGAAUACGAUUCGAACCCUAGUCCCGUAAACGAGGACGCCGAAUCCCCACAAUUAAUCUCUGUAAAUUCUACGUGCUCUGUUUCAAGCAAUCUUAUUGAACGUACAAGACAUUCAAUGUCGUUCCUCCCCACACCUAGCGCACGACCCCGACAGUCUCUAGCAGCGAAGCCUCGAAAAUCGCAAGUAUUUCCUACAAACCAGUUUGAAACUCCCAAAAAGCGCGAUUCGCGGAGCCUCAUGCCAGGAAGCUCUGGAACGUUAACCCCCAAGGAAGAACUGUUUAGUCAGGAUGCGGAUUAUGCCAGCGUGUUUAAGAGCAGGCCUAGGGUGGCCAUGAGCCCCGUGAAUUCUCCAGCGGUACACAUAUUACCGCUGGAUGAUCGUGAUAUGGAUGGAGAUGGGGAUCGGACUAUUGAUAUGGAUGCUGAAAUGUCAGAAGGCGACUUGCAAAACUCGCCGUUGUUUGGGGCUCGGUUUACAUCUAGAGCAUAAGUUUAUACUGCCUCCCAAAGUAUUAUUCAACCUAGCCUAAACUGCAGUAUUCUUGUCCUUACCGAUAUCUCACCUCGGAAUCAACCCACCUAUGCGUCUAUACCCCAGUGUUUAGAAAUCAUGGUGUCUUUGUGCUCUAGGUUUUGGUUUAGUAGUCACUUUGUCCGCAAAUGAGAUCUUGGUACCGACAUUUGGCUUCGGUUAUCGAUAAGGCGCAGGAACACCAGCGAGUUAGCAACUUUUACUACCCGAGAUGAUAUGCUAAAGGAUUAUAUGCUCAAAAAGGCUGAGCCCGCCUUGGGACUAGUCGUAUUAGUAUAUCUCAAUUUUCAUUCCCGUGCGGUCAGUAUCUUGCGUUUUGAAAAUUAUUGUCAAAUAUUUCCGUGAGGUUUCGCAUGUCAGCUCCUGUCCUAGUUGGGCGGCUCCCUCCCAUCGCCAUAUACCACCGCACGGCCACGGCUAAAAUAUCCUCCAUAUUGUUCAUUUAUGUCGAUAGGUAGUUUCAUUUCUGUUUAGAUAAAUGACAAAAAAGAAUUCCUAAAAAAUUAACUGGCACGUCCGAGAGAAGCUUGUAAGCUCUCUCGCCAGGGGCUGCUAUCCAUGCCUAACCCUCGCCCAAUCAAGACCAUUUUGCAGUGGUUCCCCGAAGCCGAUGGGUGCCUGCUAUCAGUCUCUGUAAUAUCAAAUACUUCCUGUACUCCCUGGAUGACCUGCGUACUGCCAUCUGUCAGGCAGAGCAACCCCUUUAAUCGAUGGAUUUCAAAAUCUUCAAUCUUCUGCUGGCCCUGAUUUGUCGGUGGAAGUUGACGCUCCCACAGUAACGAGCGCAGCCAUGCGUCCACUUUGGGCACGCAUUCUGGCGUUAUCUUGUCAAUGGUGAAGGAGAGGGUUGAUAUUGACUGGACGGAGCAUAAAUAGUCAGAACGAAGAAGAGGGGCAACCCUCUACAUAGGGAGGCAAAUUCAGCAAAGAAGAAGCAUAACCUACAGGAUCCAGAUGACUAUGGCCCUUCUCGCUGAAAUCGACAUCGGUCACAUUGUCAUAAGCAUGGAGUUCAAGCACUGUGCCUUCGAGAUUGGGGACUUUGCUAUGAUCCGUCACAAUAAUUUUAGCCAGGCCGUUAAUGGAGAUUACCCGCUCCUUAACCUUGUCAAGCUCAGCGGCAGUAAGCAGGUCACUCUUGUUCAGUAUGAUCACGUCAGCAUGUGAUAUCUGGAGAUGAGCUGUGGUAAGAACCGCGCCGUGGUGCGUUCCCUGGACCUCCGCCGGCGCUGGCUCGUCAAGAAGCCGGAGGAUGUUCUUCCCAUCGACUAAGGUGACGAUCCCAUCCAGGUAGAUAGUACUGCCUAGGCCAUCGUCAACCCAGAACAACGGUGCAAUGUUACCUGGAUCGGCAAGGCCGGUUGUCUCCAGCAAAAUGUAGUCAAAUGUGCCUUGGCGCUCCAUGAGCGAUUCAAUGGCGACUACUCCCGUGUCUCUGUCGGUGAUAUUAGCUGGAAUAGUAGACACAAAUGCAAAAUAUGCAUAUAAGCUUUUUUUUUUUUUUUUAACUUACCUAACGGAACAACAUAUGCAGCCGUUCGCCAGUUCGAGCCAUUCUUCAACUUGUUGGCCAUCUUUGUUGACCGUUAGGGAUUUCUCGAUAUCAAUGGCUGUAACAGUCAGUAACCAGUAGUUAACCCCCCAAAACAGCA